GCAGCUCCUACUACGACAACAACUGCAGAUCCUAGUACAACAACAACUGCAGCUCCUAGUACAACAACCACUGCAGCUCCUAGUACAACAACCACUGCAGCUCCUAGUACAACAACCACUGCAGUUCCUGCUACGACAACCACUGCAGCUCCUACUACGACAACAACUGCAGAUCCUAGUACAACAACAACUGCAGCUCCUAGUACAACAACCACUGCAGCUCCUACUACGACAACAACUGCAGCUCCUAGUACAACAACAACUGCAGCUCCUAGUACAACAACUGCAGCUCCUACUACGACAACAACUGCAGCUCCUAGUACAACAACCACUGCAGUUCCUGCUACGACAACCACUGCAGCUCCUACUACGACAACAACUGCAGAUCCUAGUACAACAACAACUGCAGCUCCUAGUACAACAACCACUGCAGCUCCUACUACGACAACAACUGCAGCUCCUAGUACAACAACAACUGCAGCUCCUAGUACAACAACUGCAGCUCCUACUACGACAACAACUGCAGAUCCUAGUACAACAACAACAACUGCAGCUCCUAGUACAACAACCACUGCAGCUCCUAGUACAACAACCACUGCAGCUCCUAGUACAACAACCACUGCAGCUCCUGCUACGACAACCACUGCAGCUCCUACUACGACAACAACUGCAGCUCCUACUACGACAACAACUGCAGCUCCUACAACAACAACCACUGCAGCUCCUAGUACAACAACUUCAGCUCCUAGUACAACAACAACUGCAGCUCCUAGUACAACAACCACUGCAGCUCCUACUACGACAACAACUACAACUGCUACUACGACAACAACUGCAGCUCCUAGUACAACAACCACUGCAGCUCCUACUACGACAACAACUACAACUACCACUGCAGCUCCUACUACGACAACAACUGCAGCUCUUACUACGACAACAACUGCAGCUCCUACAACAACAACAACUGCAGCUCCUACUACAACAACCACUGCAGCUCCUAGUACGACAACAACUGCAGCUCCUACUACGACAACAACUGCAGCUCCUAGUACAACAACAACUGCAGCUCCUACUACAACAACCACUGCAGCUCCUAGUAUAACAACAACUGCAGCUCCUACUACGACAACAACUGCAGCUCCUAGUACAACAACCACUGCAGCUCCUAGUACAACAACCACUGCAGCUCCUAGUACAACAACAACUGCAGCUCCUACUACGACAACAACUGCAGCUCCUAGUACAACAACUGCAGCUCCUAGUACAACAGCUGCAGCUCCUAGUACAACAACAACUGCAGCUCCUAGUACAACAACCACUGCAGCUCCUACUACGACAACAACUACAGCUGCUACUACGACAACAACUGCAGCUCCAAGUACAACAACUGCAGCUCAGAGUACAACAACAACUGCAGCUCCUAUUACAACAACCACUGCAGCUCCUAGUACAACAACUGCAGCUCCUAGUACAACAACAACUGCAGCUCCUAGUACAACAACCACUGCAGCUCCUACUACGACAACAACUACAGCUGCUACUACGACAACAACUGCAGCUCCAAGUACAACAACUGCAGCUCAGAGUACAACAACAACUGCAGCUCCUAUUACAACAACCACUGCAGCUCCUACUACGACAACAACUGCAGCUCCUAGUACGACAACAACUGCAGCUCCUACUACGACAACAACUGCAGCUCCUAGUACAACAACCACUGCAGCUCCUAGUACAACAACCACUGCAGCUCCUAGUACAACAACAACUGCAGCCCCUACUACGACAAUAACUGCAGCUCCUAGUAUAACAACAACUGCAGCUCCUAGUACAACAACCGCUGCAGCUCCUACUACGACAACAACCGCUGCUCCCACUACGACAACAACUGCAGCUCCUAGUACGACAACAACUGCAGCUCCUACUACGACAACAACUGCAGCUCCUACUACGACAACAACUGCAGCUCCUACAACAACAACUGCAGCUCCUAGUACAACAACUUCAGCUCCUAGUACAACAACAACUGCAGCUCCUAGUACAACAUCCACUGCAGCUCCUACUACGACAACAACUACAGCUGCUACUACGACAACAACUGCAGCUCCUAGUACAACAACCACUGCAGCUCCUAGUACAACAACAACUGCAGCUCCUAGUACAACAACCACUGCAGCUCCUAGUACAACAACCACUGCAGCUCCUACUACGACAACAACUGCAGCUCCUACUAUGACAACAACUGCAGCUCCUAGUACAACAACAACUGCAGCCCCUACUACGACAAUAACUGCAGCUCCUAGUAUAACAACAACUGCAGCUCCUAGUACAACAACCGCUGCAGCUCCUACUACGACAACAACCGCUGCUCCUAGUACAACAACCACUGCAGCUCCUAGUACAACAACUGCAGCUCAGAGUACAACAACAACUGCAGCUCCUGCUACGACAACCACUGCAGCUCCUACUACGACAACAACUGCAGCUCCUGCUACGACAACAACUGCAGCUCCUACAACAACAACAACUGCAGCUCCUACUACAACAACCACUGCAGCUCCUAGUACGACAACAACUGCAGCUCCUACUACGACAACAACUGCAGCUCCUAGUACAACAACAACUGCAGCUCCUACUACAACAACCACUGCAGCUCCUACUACGACAACAACUGCAGCUCCUAGUACAACAACUGCAGCUCCUACUACGACAACUACAGCUCCUAAAACAACAACUACAGCUCCUAAUACAACAACUACAGCUCCUAAUACAACAACUACAGCUCCUAAUACAACAACAAUAACUUUAGCUAAUUUCACAACCACUACUGAGCUACCAAAAACUACACAAAUGACCACUACAACUAAAUCUGCCGGACAGUCAACCACGAAUAGUGGGCUUAGUUAUAAGUUUGUACUGAGGGUGAAAUUUUCCAUGAUGACAGUCCAAACCGAAUCUGAGAUCUUGAAUCAGCUUCGUGAGUAUCUGAUCAGACAAGGGCUGCCAUUGGACUCUACACUGCGAUUGAUAUCCAUUCAGAGCUAGUUGUCGGGGUGAAGAGGAGAAGGACACCGGAGAGAAAACACAGACAGAACAGAAUACAAAACUGAUCACUGAGAUAUUUUACACACAUAAUUUACAAUAGAUUAUCUUGCAGAUUACACUCUUACCCCAUGACCUAUGGUAACUGGACCUAAUGUACUAGUAACUAAAUACCUACCGUACCUUCAGAAAGUUCCCUUGACUUUUCCCUCAUUUUGUUGUGUUACAAAGUGAGAAGAAAAAAUCUAACAUUUGUAAAAAAUAUAUACAUGAUCAAUAAAACACUAAUAUAUCUUGA